CGUGUGACGAUUUUAUUUUCAGUCAAAUGCUCCAUCUACAUCCUCCAUGCGACAAAUUUCACAACCACCUCCGGACCUAUCCCACCACUUUUCAGCAUCUACCAGCCAAAGGUUGUAGUUGAAGUUAUUGAUCUAUAAUUACUGCAAAUAUGGGGCUCAUUUCAGCAAAAACAAUCAUUACCUCUCUUGCCCUCUUCCACAUCACACUCGCCUACUUCUUCUUCACCAAUCCAAACGUCAUCGCAGACCAGAGUACCGUUUUUAUUAUUGGGGAGGCUAUGGGAAUGGUAUGUAUUCUCUUCUAGGUUUUGUCAAAAUAAAGCUAACAAAAGACCAAAUAGCCCCAUGCGCGCUCCUUCGAAGUCACCUCUCCCCCAUUAGCCUUCCUCGCAGCAAUAUUCUUCUACACAGGCGUGAGCGAUCUCGUAGCAUGUUCCAUGCAAGAAGAAAUUUACGUCUUCUACUGGGGCUCCCAAGGUACAAUCACAUUCUCAAUCCCUCCUCUUCCGAAGUUUCCACUAACCAGUUCAAACAGCACCAACACGUCUCCUAGUCCUCCUUGGACUCACCAUAUACUCCUACUUCUUCUCCUCGACUUCCCCGCUUUAUGCGAGUAGCACAUACACACCUGGGUGGGGUGAAGGACUUAAGAACCGUGUCUUCUUCACUUGGGCGUUCUUGGAGGUUGUUACUUGGUUCUGGGUUUGGGUUACGUUAAGAGAGGAGAGGAGCGAGUGGGUGAGAAGGAUUGCUAUGAAUAGAGCUGAGGAGGAGGAUCGUUUGUAGGGAUACAUGUCAUACAAAGAUGAGGAAGUGGAUUGCACAUCUCGCAGUUUUUCAAGACAAUAAUAAGGCUUGUUUUGGAAAUGAUACAUAGGAGCAAGAUUGGUAAGCUGUUUCUUUUGGUGAAUAGCCGUGAAGAUGACGGCGAAGGGGAUGAAUGCGGCAAGUUUUGCAGAGUGAAGAGGCAAUGGCUUGAAGGGGUGAAGGUUCUCUCUCAGUAAGUGAGGAAGAGGUGGGAGUGAACAGAAACCGGCUCGAGUUCGGCCAAUUUGAGAGGUCAGGAUCAAGAGAAAUCAGGUCGAGGUAUUCCCAUCUUUAAGGACCUCAAUACCGGGCAAAUCAGGAGAGAGGAAAAGUAUUAUUUCUCAGCUCGAGCCACGUACCCUUUCCGAAUUCUAUUAUCACUCUCAUAGAACUCAAAAAAAGCCGCGCACGUUGUCUCAUGAUUUCCACAGAAGCGGUCAAAGACAG